AUGCCAAAAUUCGGAGAAAAAAACGGUGCUCCCAAGCCUAAUAAUCUUGAGCCACCGCUGAUAGCAUUCAAUAGAAUCCGAGGGAAGAAGAAGCAGGUUAUCGGAACCAUGAAGAAGCAGGUGCUGUUCAAUCACAUGGUAAUGGUGGACAGGCCAGACGUGUACCCACAUUGGGACAAGGAUGUAGAUGACAAGAAGGUGGACAACAUCAUCAAGGCCUUGUUUGGAGAAUUUGGUGGAGGAUGGAAAUGGAAACCAGCUGACUGGGUUAGAGAAGGAAUACUCGUGGUUAAAAAGGUGAAGUUCGAGAAGCCAUUGAAAUCAGAGAAGUCUCAUGGCAAGAAGAAUCUCUCUGAUUAA